GCUGUCUGCAUAAUGAAGCAGCAAACUGGACUACUGCAAACACUAAAGCCUUGAUGUGAUUUACUGGGAUGCUGUAGGCACAUCUAAAGGAGUUUUGCUCCUUUUUUGUGUCAGCCUUCUGAACCUGAGCUGGGUCUCAGAAAACCACAGCUUUCACUGUGCUCUGUCCUGUCUGGAUGAAUGUGGGCAUCUGUAGAUGAAUGUGCUGUGGGUGAAUGCAACAGUAUCUGGGGUCUGGUUGUCCUUGAGGAAGGAGGUGUGUGAACUGUACUUGGCCAUGAGUUUGGGUGUCCUGGAUGGGUAAAGGAGAGGUUUUGUAUUACAAACUGGGAGUGCUUCUAAGGUAAAACACUCAGCAUGGUGCUUUGUUAGAACUUAAUAGGUAAUUUCCACUGCCAAGAAGCUGCUCUUCCCUUGUGAUCCACAAGAAUUGGAAGAUGUUUGCUGGAGCCCCUGCCUGAGCAGGGAGGGAUUGGAACCCACCAGCUCCUCACCUUCUUGAAGGGAAACCUCCAUUCCCAGUGGAUGUGAGACAGCAGCUCAGGGUGCAAAGUAGUUGAAAAGCAUGGCUUUGCUGCAGGAUCACAUUCUUACAAGGAUCUUUCCAGCACAGCUCCCUGUCACAGUUUCUGAUCUGUGCCUGUCCUCUGCCACUUGUGCCUGCUUGCUGCCAGCUCCCUUGUAACUACUGUGAUGCUACACCUUCUUCUCAUGUGGAGUUGAUGUCUAAGUGCCCCAAGCAAUUAUCUACUGCUGUAAAAAGGUGUCAUGGUUGGAACAAUCUUCUGUCAGCUCAAAACUGUAGAUCCCAAAGGUUGUUAUCCCAGGAUAAUGAUUCUGGGGUGACCUCUGGUUUAUUUGUAACACUGAGCUGUUGCUGGAAACACGGUGCUUUGCCUCAGGGCUUGCUAAAUCUUGCUGUUGUGUUCAGGUUCUGCAUGUGAGGAGAGCUUUAGGUAAAGGAUUAGGCAUUAGAUAGAAGACUAGAGAGAAAGAGAACUGGCAGAGCUUGGGAGUGGAGGAGGUCUGGUUUUUCUCAGGUCCUGGUGUGUUACAGGUCCUUUAAUGAAAUUGGAAGGGAUGGAGAUAUUAAAUGUCUUUGGCAGUGUCCCUAGUGAGAGGCUGUGAAGGAACUGGAGUAACUGGGGGGUGGGAGGAGAGGUUCUUUAUUGCACUGGGACUUGGGCAAGGCCCAGAGUAGGAAUGAGCAUGUCAGCUGAACAGGUGAACAAGUAUUCCUGGUGUAGGUGCCCCAUGACAGGCUGCUGCCAGUCCGGUCUCUUGUCUGCAGCCCAUGUUUGGUGGGUCCUGCACUCUUGUAGCUGCUUUUUGAUUCUUCCUGGCUGGAGCAGAGCCACCAUGGUGCUAGCACAGGUAGGUUAAAGGAUGCACCCUCCCGCCUCAGAUGCAUAUCUCCUGUGACAGGGAGAUAUGCUGGGAGCCUGCAACCUCCUCACUUAAAAGUAGUGUUUGUUUGGGUAUGAGCUGUUCAAAUACAAACUGGGAUGGAAGGAGAUGCAGUAAUCUAAGCACAGGGAUGGCUGGUGCAAAGUGGAGACGGUAGCUGGUUGCAGUGCGGAUUACUAAAGCCACACUGCUGGGGUUAUCCCUGUGCCCAGGGUGCUGUCUGUGCAGGGAAGUUUGUGAUGGGCCAUGUCUGUGCCCUCAUGGAAGGGGUGUGCUACUGCUACUUCUGAGCUGGUCGCUGGUCCCUGUCACCACUUUCCCCUCUGUGCCAUGCAAAUGAAGGCAGCUGCGUUUGGUUCCUGCGCUCUGCAGAGCUGCCUGUGUUGUCACGUUGUCACGUCACGUUGCGCAUGGCUGGCGGUAAGGAAGCAGCUGGGGGUCUUCCUCUUCACCCUGUUUCAUAGGCUGUGUCCAUCCAGGUCUAAGUAUUGAUGCUGUUUGCAGAGAUACCACAGUUACCAGAGCAUCCCUCUAACUGCAUGGAGGACCUUGCCCAACAACGCAGGAGGGAGUUGCUUCCAAGCAUGUCCCAUGCAGCAAGGGCAGCUGAACUUCUCACUAGGCCUAUGGAGCCACGAGGGAUUGUCAAAGCCUUUCCCAAGAGGAAGAAGGUGAGGGAUGACUUGGGGAAAAGCGUCCCUCCAAAGAUCUCAAAAGAGGAAGGAAGAGAGAUACCUGAGGCAGAGUGGCUGAAACCUGUCACCACUUACGUUUUGCAAGCUGGCAUCGGCCAAGCCAGGGCAGAGAUCUUCCACAAGCAGAUUGUCCAGAACGGCGGUGUUGUACACAGCCAGCUCUCCUCAGAGGUGACACACAUCAUUGUGGCUGAAGACAUGGACUGUAAUCGGGCCCUUCGGCUCCUUAAAUUAACCAAGCUGCCUCCAGGGUUGCAGCUAGUGAAGGCAUCCUGGCUAAGUGCUUGCAUCAGAGACCAGAAGCUGUUGAGUACCGCUGGCUAUGGUGUCUUUAUCCCUUGCAGGUACCUGGAGGAUGGAGAACUGCAGAAAGAGCAGCAGCAGCAGGUACUGGGCAGUGAAGAGAUCCAGCCCCCAGCAGAGGAGGGAGCAGUGAAUCCAAAUACUGACGCACAGGUCGGGGAUUCCUCGCAGCAAGGCCUGGGCACCCUUGGACAGCAGCAGCUGGCUGAGAAAGUCUCUGAUGAAGAAGACAGUGAAGGAGAAGAUGCUAGUGUCACCCAGGGAGAUCUGGAAGCACUGAUGUCUGGCCACUACCCUGUGAAAUCAUCAGAGGAGACCAGUGACAGCUCUUCCACAGUGGCACAGCCUGCCAGCAAGUGGGUGUGUGCCCAUUCCUCCAACAGCAAGAAGGAGAAUCACAACCAGUGCAUCACAGAGAAGCUGGAAGUGCUGGCAAAGGCCUAUUCUGUCCAGGGGGACAAAUGGAGAACUCUGGGCUACACCAAAGCCAUCAAUGCACUCAAGAGCUACCACAAACCAGUCACCUCCUUCCAGGAAGCCUGUAAAAUCCCUGGGAUUGGGAAGCGAAUGGCAGAGAAGAUCCUGGAGAUCUUGGAGAGUGGGCAUCUGCGCAAGCUGGAUCACAUCAGCGAGAGCGUGCCUGUACUAGAGCUGUUUUCCAACAUCUGGGGAGCAGGGGCCAAGACGGCUCAGAUGUGGUACCAGCAGGGUUUCCGGACGCUGGACGAUAUCCGCACCAAGGCGACUCUCACCAGCCAGCAAGCUGUGGGGCUGAAGCACUACACGGAUUUCCUGGAGCGCAUGCCUCGGGAGGAAGCUGCAGAGAUAGAACAGACCGUCAGACGAGCUGCACUGGCCCUGCAGCCUGGGCUCGUGUGUGUGGCAUGUGGCUCCUACCGUCGGGGGAAGCCCACCUGUGGAGAUGUGGAUGUGCUGGUCACUCACCCGGAUGGGCAGUCUCACCGUGGGGUGUUCAGCAAGCUGCUUGACAGCCUCCACAGGAGCGGCUUCCUUACAGAUGACCUGGUGAGUCAGGAGGACAAUGGUGAUCAGAAGAAGUACCUGGGGGUAUGCCGCCUCCCUGGGCCAGCCCAGCGUCACCGCCGGCUUGACAUCAUUGUGGUGCCUUACAGUGAGUUUGCCUGCGCUCUGCUCUACUUCACCGGCUCGGCUCACUUCAACCGCUCCAUGCGCGCCCUGGCCAAGACCAAGGGUAUGAGCCUCUCAGAGCAUGCCCUCAGCGAGGCCGUGAUGCGAGGCCCUGGAGGUGUCAAGGUGGCCUCUGGCCAUACAGUGCCCACCCCUACAGAGAGAGAUGUCUUCAUUCAGCUGGGGCUGCCUUAUCGGGAGCCCUCAGAGCGGGACUGGUGACAGCCAAUUGUCACCCAGUAUUCUAGGGCCACUGCAGUGCUGCUGUUUUGAAGUGCGCUGGUUUCCCCAGUGCUGCUGUGUGGUGACUGCAAACUGGGGAACUUAUCCCAGCAAACUGGGGCACUUAUCCCAGCAAACUGGGGCUCCUCACAAGUGCAGGGCCGUGCUGCUAGCAGAGCUGUGUAGCAUCACACAGCAGAGGCUGUGGGCUGGAACCUUCCCGGAAGUGCUGCCUGAUGCCCCACACAGCCUCUUGUGUCCCUGCUCUUAAGCAGCCCAUGGCUACCAAAGGGGUUCACUGCCCACCAGCUGCCCUGGCCCUGCUCUCGCCAGGGAAAGCUUCUGAAAGCUAGGCUGCAGAGCCUUGUGAUCCAACCCCUCCCAGUGCGUGGGAAGUGGGAAGUGUGAUGUGUCUGUGUCUGAGCAGACAUUCCAAAAUCUCUGGCCUGAGCUGUGUAUGAAGGCAGCCAUGGUCUGGCUUGGCCCUGGAACGGGCCUUCCCCCUUCUCACUACUGCUGACUGUUGCUACUGUGGGGAUCGUGAAGGGUCCCCCUGUGCUGCUGCUGUGUCCUCCAUCCAUCUGAGCUGAUCUGUGCCCUCUGGUGGGUGUCACUGCACAGGGCUGGGCUGCCACCAGCUUCCCCUGGGGCGAGGCCAGCCUUGAAGGAGGCGCAGGGACCUGAUGUGCUGUGCUGCUUGCUCUCAGCCCGUUGUGUGCUGAAGAUCCUCGGGUGCAGAGCUGUCACCCCCUCAGUGUGGCCCAAGAGCUCCUUUCCUCUCAGUGCAGGAGAGGAACAGACCUCAUGGCUCAGGGGAGCUGUGCUCAGGAAAGGUUUGAAUGUAAUGGCACUGAGUGUAACCCGGCUGGGCUGUGUGCUUGUGCAUAGGAGGCAGAGAGAAGCACAAUGAGAUAGUUCUAAUUUCGGCAAAGCAAAGCUUUCCCUUUGUGUGUGUCUAAGCCAUGGAAUCAUCUGGUCUUUGAUCGGAGAGUUUGUGUGUACUUGAGUGUACAUGUACCUGUGUGCUGGACCUGUCAGUUCCACGGGAGUGAAUUUUAUUUCUCAGGAAACCUCAACUAUUUUUAUUCUGGAGAUGAAUCUCCCAAGACUUGCAGCGCUCUGUCUCUGUUAUGGGUAUUGCAGCAGCUCCUCCUGUGACAGAGGUGCUGCACUGCAGCAUCAGCUGCCAGGAAUGCCAUGGUGGGCAUUUCUGUGGCAGGACCUCAGGGUCCCCUCUGGGCCUGGCCUGGCUUCCCACUCCUGUGUCUUGUGGGGGAACCGGUCUCUGUCACGUGGUGUGACAGGCUGUGUGUUUGCUGCCAGGGCAGGCACAAGGGGAUUAAACCUGGUGAGUUUGCACAGUUUCCUGGGGCAGCAUCAGCUGUGGCUGCUGGGCACUGGUCAUGGGGCUGGGGUGUUUGCUUGGUGGGUCGUGACCCCAGCAGUGUCAUUUGUCAGCCCAGGCUUUCUGCUGAACACCUGUUGGAAAUGAAUGACUUGUGGCAUGUCUUGCUGCUUUUAAAUUUGAAGUAUAAUAAAUUCCUUGUCUCUUUC